GUGAGGAAGAGCGGUGGAGGGGCUCCGGCGGCGCCAGUGGUGCCGACCCGAGCAGCGCUGGUGACACCCCCACCCACCCCAGACCCAUGGCCCACAGCGCCAAGCAGCUGCCUGCCGGGAUGCUACAUGCCACGGGCAAAGCUCAGCAUGGAAACUUCCUGGUGGCCAUCAAGCAGGAGAAGGGAGAGUCAGCACGGACGAGCGGCGAGAAGCCGCACAGCGAGGAGGAGCCAGUGAAGAAGAGAGGCUGGCCCAAGGGCAAGAAGAGGAAGAAGAUCCUUCCCAACGGCCCCAAAGCCCCUGUGACAGGCUACGUGCGUUUCCUGAACGAGCGGCGUGAGCAGAUCCGCACACAGCAUCCUGACCUGCCCUUUCCGGAGAUCACCAAGAUGCUGGGGGCUGAGUGGAGCAAGCUGCAGCUUUCAGAGAAGCAGCGGUACCUGGACGAAGCAGAGCGGGAGAAGCAGCAGUACAUGAAGGAGCUGCGGGAAUACCAGCAGUCAGAGGCCUACAAGAUGUGCACGGAGAAGAUCCAGGAGAAAAAGAUCAAAAAAGAGGACACAGGCUCCGCGGCAGUGAACACCCUGCUGAACGGGCACCCGCACAAGGCUGGCGAGUGCAGCGACACCUUCUCCACCUUCGACGUGCCCAUCUUCACAGAGGAGUUCUUGGACCAAAACAAAGCCCGCGAGGCCGAGCUGCGGCGCCUGCGGAAGAUGAACACAGAGUUUGAGGAGCAGAAUGCCAUCCUGCAGAAGCACACGGAGAGCAUGAACUGUGCGAAGGAGAAGCUGGAGCAGGAGCUGGCCCAGGAGGAGAGGCAGACCCUGGCCUUGCAGCAGCAGCUCCAGUCGGUGCGCCAGGCCCUCACCGCCAGCUUUGCUUCCCUCCCCAUCCCUGGUACCGGGGAAACCCCCACACUGAGCACUCUGGACUUCUACAUGGCCAAACUGCACAGCGCCAUCGAGAGCAACCCACUGCAGCAUGAGAAGCUGGUGGUACGCAUCAAGGAGAUCCUGUCCCGGAUAGCCAGUGAACACUUGUGAAGAGGACCAGUCCCUCCCGGACCGUGGCCCUGUCCCUUGGAGCUCACGCAAGGGACAGUCACGGAUGCUUCCCCCUCCACCCCACGCACUUUGCUGGAGAAGCAAGCUGGGACCCCCCCGAGCCCCGGUGCAGCUGGGCCCCGCGGCUGCACCACCUCCGAGGACCUCGAGCUUCUGGGGACCAAGCGGUGACAGGGCUGAGACACCCCAAGCCAGCGCGGUGCUGGGUGAGGGGGUUGGCGGCGGGUGUGAGCUUCCCCCCACCGCUGUGGGCUCUCCGGCUCCUGCAGCUUCACCUCACUAAGCCGGUGGCUCCCCGACGGCUGCCGGCGGCAGAUCCAGGCCCCUGCUGGGUUACUGGCCUGGAGGGAAUCGGCCUCUUCCAGGGUGGCCCAGGGGCUGCUCUGAACCAGCCUGUGAUGGGAGGCAGCCAGGUGCCCUGGGAGCCCCUGGGGCUCAGCGCUGCCUCCUGGAUCAGCCCGGGGAGCCUCUUGGCACCCUGUCCCACAGUGGGUGAGGUGGCAGGCUUCCUUCCCCUGCCUCUUGCUUUAUUUAAUCGUCCCGAUUCCCCUCGCUGCUCCCCUAUGGGUGCCUUCAGCCCUCUUCCCAUGUCACCCUUCCUGUCACCUCCUUCCCCCGUGCCUCUGGGACCAGGCAGGGCAGCUCCUGCCCUCUGCAGCACUAAAGGCAAAAAAAAAAAAAAUCUUCAUGCCGGAGGGAGAGCUGGGACCGACCCCAUCCUCCCCGCGGUGGGGAGCCCGUGGGACGGCACGCAGGCUCUCGGCUCCUGCCUCCCUGCCCGAGCCUGUCCUGCAUUGUGGGACCACUGUGAUGGCAGCCGUGUCCUGGCCGUGCUGUGGUCGGCCGUCCUAGGGCUGCCUGUCACUAAUCUCAGGCUGUGUAAUUAGAGUGUCUUAUUUUCUUACUAGCACUACGCUGAUCUGGCCCUGGGUUUAACCUGGGGCCGGUGUGCGACCGCCCGUCUCUCGCCCGUGAGGUCUGUGCUCUGUAGAUGAGUCUCCUGGUUGCCAUCUCCUGGUGGCCACUUGGCUUGGGAUGGAGAUGGGAGUAAAUAAAUGUGGCAGAAA